AUGACGAUGGUGCUAGUAUCGGAACUCUCUGAUCAAAGUGAAUGGAGAGAAAGGGGGACAGCAAAGGCCCCUCUCAGCGUAAAGAAGAAGACUGGCAAAGAACGAGUAAAGCUUCCCUCUCUUUCUCUUCUUCUUCGUGAAAUUCCUGCUCCCAAGCGUGGUAUAUACUCCUUCAUCCACCUCUCUCUUCCUGGUGCCCCCUUUCCGGAGCAUCAGCUAGACAGACCCGUCCCGUCCCUUCGUCUAAUUGACGGGAUCCUACGAACCCAUCUCUUGGAAAUCCCCGCUUCAAUAGUCACCGGAAGCAAAUACUCACCAGCAAUCAGCAGGCGACACCAGACGAAAUGUAACCCUGGUAUAGCCUCCCCCGGUCACAACACCCGUCAGACUAACAAGACAAAGAGGAGCCGACAGGCAUGCGUCUGCUUCAUCCAUAUUGCCCAGUCCAUCCUCUGUACUACACUACAGUACUCGGCUACGGCAGAGAAGGGACGAACCGCUUCUGUUUGCUUACCAAACACUGCCAAAGCCAAUUGCCAGCCCGGCCAGCCACAGCCACAGCCAACAAGAAGCAACCCAACCCAGCUUUUGACUAGACUAUACUCGAUUUACUCGUCCUUCCCAGUUGGCUGUGGAGAGCUUGACGUUUCAUCGCGCAACUCCUUGGUCAGGGAAGAAUUGGCGACUCCUCCAAUCAUGGCCUAUUUUCCCCACCCUUUCUUGCCCAUUCUGUCAACUUGGCCCAACUUGGCGAACCUAGGCCACCCCCUUCGUUUGCUGCUGGGAGCCUGGGACUCUGGGAGGGCAGCAAGCGAGCUGCGCCCCUCAACUCUCUGGCGUAGCGGGCACUCAGGUGAUCCAGCCGCCCUCUUCGGCGUCAAUAAGCCCGCUCUUUUCAAUAUAAGUGCCGUCUACCACUCCGGAAAGUCGUCAGCCAAAAGUGCGGGUCAUAAGAGAAGGCCCGAGCUGGUCGGAGGAGUGGCUUGCGUACCCGAGAUGACAGGUUGA